AUGAGAUCGCCGGUGCUGCCCCUGCUCGCCGCCGCGCUCCUCGUCGCGUCGUCGUCGGCGCAGGCCGCGUGGGUGCCCGUCCUGGACGUGAACGAGCUGGUGAUCAAGCAGGUGGCGCAGUUCGCGGUGCUGGUGUACGGGCUGGCGCACCACAGGGACCUGGCGUACGUGGGCGUGGUGCGGGGGCAGACGGAGCAGGCCGUGGGCGGCGGCACCAACUUCCGCCUCGUGGUGGUCGCCGCAAGGCCCGACGACGGCGGGAGCACCGCGCAGUACGACUGCCAGGUGUGGGGCGUGCCGGGGUCGCGCUCCGACACCUGGAAGCUCCGCAGGUUCAGGAAGAUCCAGAGCUAG